AUGUCCUAUAAUCACACCGGGUGUUCCUUUCUUUCAGCAGGAGACGUGUGGAAGUCAGCGAAUGAAGCAAAAGAACGCCGAUGGAGGGGAAAAGAAAAUGCAUAUUCCAACGUGCAAGAGCAGUUGGUAUAUUUGGAUGCACCAAGGAAGGAGGAAGAAAAACAUCCGGCAAAAGGAAGGAAUAAUGCUGGUCUUUUUCAGGAGGAUGACUCUCUACAGCAAAACACGUGUCAAAGAGACAGCGGGAAGGAGGGCACUGCAAGCAGUGAAGCUUUCCCUAAAAUAUCGAUUAUUAAUAUUCAACAAAGGAUGCGUAACAGAAAGAAAAUAUAUAAAUGCUUGGAGUGCAAAAAAAGUUUCAGGCAGAGAGCAUGCCUUGCUUCCCACCAAAGAAUUCACACAGGGGAGAAACCAUAUCAAUGCCAGGAGUGUGGGAAAAAUUUUGGAAGAAAAGAUUGCCUCAUCUCCCAUCGAAGAAUUCACACAGGGGAGAAACCAUACAAAUGUCUUGAGUGUGAGAAAAGCUUCAGUUGGAGAUCACAACUUUGUGAGCAUCAAAAAACUCACACUGAGGAGAAACCAUAUAAAUGCCUGGAGUGUGGGGAAAGUUUUGCAAGAAAACAUAGCCUUACCUGCCAUCAAAGAAUGCACACAGGGGAGAAACCAUAUGAAUGUCAGGAGUGUGGGAAAAGUUUUGGAAGAAAAGAUUGCCUCAUCUCCCAUCGAAGAAUUCACACAGGGGAGAAACCAUACAAAUGUCUUGAGUGUGAGAAAAGCUUCAGUUGGAGAUCACAACUUUGUGAGCAUCAAAAAACUCACACUGAGGAGAAACCAUAUAAAUGCCUGGAGUGUGGGGAAAGUUUUGCAAGAAAACAUAGCCUUACCUGCCAUCAAAGAAUGCACACAGGGGAGAAACCAUAUGAAUGUCAGGAGUGUGGGAAAAGUUUUGGAAGAAAAGAUUGCCUCAUCUCCCAUCGAAGAAUUCACACAGGGGAGAAACCAUACAAAUGUCUUGAGUGUGAGAAAAGCUUCAGUUGGAGAUCACAACUUUGUGAGCAUCAAAAAACUCACACUGAGGAGAAACCAUAUAAAUGCCUGGAGUGUGGGGAAAGUUUUGCAAGAAAACAUAGCCUUACCUGCCAUCAAAGAAUGCACACAGGGGAGAAACCAUAUGAAUGUCAGGAGUGUGGGAAAAGUUUUGGAAGAAAAGAUUGCCUCAUCUCCCAUCGAAGAAUUCACACAGGGGAGAAACCAUACAAAUGUUUUGAGUGUGGGAAAAGCUUCACUUUAAGUGCCAAUCUCACUUGUCAUCAAAGAAUUCACACAGGGGAGAAACCAUAUGAAUGCCAAGAGUGUAGGAAAAGUUUUGGAAGAAAACAUAGCCUUACCUCCCAUCAAAGAAUCCACACAGGCGAAAAACCAUACAAAUGUCUUGAGUGUGAGAAAAGCUUCAGUUGGAAAUCACAACUUUGUGAGCAUCAAAAAACUCACACUGAGGAGAAACCAUAUAAAUGCCUGGAGUGUGGGGAAAGUUUUGCAAGAAAACAUAGCCUUACCUGCCAUCAAAGAAUGCACACAGGGGAGAAACCAUAUGAAUGUCAGGAGUGUGGGAAAAGUUUUGGAAGAAAAGAUUGCCUCAUCUCCCAUCGAAGAAUUCACACAGGGGAGAAACCAUACAAAUGUCUUGAGUGUGAGAAAAGCUUCACUUUAAUUGCCAAUCUCACUUGUCAUCAAAGAAUUCACACAGGGGAGAAACCAUAUGAAUGCCAAGAGUGUAGGAAAAGUUUUGGAAGAAAACAUAGCCUUACCUCCCAUCAAAGAAUCCACACAGGCGAAAAACCAUACAAAUGUCUUGAGUGUGAGAAAAGCUUCAGUUGGAAAUCACAACUUUCCUGCCAUCAAAGAAUGCACACAGGGGAGAAACCAUAUGAAUGUCAGGAGUGUGGGAAAAGUUUUGGAAGAAAAGAUUGCCUCAUCUCCCAUCGAAGAAUUCACACAGGGGAGAAACCAUACAAAUGUCUUGAGUGUGGGAAAAGCUUCAGUUGGAGAUCACAACUUUGUGAGCAUCAAAAAACUCACACUGAGGAGAAACCAUAUAAAUGCCUGGAGUGUGGGGAAAGUUUUGCAAGAAAACAUAGCCUUACCUGCCAUCAAAGAAUGCACACAGGGGAGAAACCAUAUGAAUGUCAGGAGUGUGGGAAAAGUUUUGGAAGAAAAGAUUGCCUCAUCUCCCAUCGAAGAAUUCACACAGGGGAGAAACCAUACAAAUGUCUUGAGUGUGAGAAAAGCUUCAGUUGGAGAUCACAACUUUGUGAGCAUCAAAAAACUCACACUGAGGAGAAACCAUAUAAAUGCCUGGAGUGUGGGGAAAGUUUUGCAAGAAAACAUAGCCUUACCUGCCAUCAAAGAAUGCACACAGGGGAGAAACCAUAUGAAUGUCAGGAGUGUGGGAAAAGUUUUGGAAGAAAAGAUUGCCUCAUCUCCCAUCGAAGAAUUCACACAGGGGAGAAACCAUACAAAUGUUUUGAGUGUGGGAAAAGCUUCACUUUAAGUGCCAAUCUCACUUGUCAUCAAAGAAUUCACACAGGGGAGAAACCAUAUGAAUGCCAAGAGUGUAGGAAAAGUUUUGGAAGAAAACAUAGCCUUACCUCCCAUCAAAGAAUCCACACAGGCGAAAAACCAUACAAAUGUCUUGAGUGUGAGAAAAGCUUCAGUUGGAAAUCACAACUUUGUGAGCAUCAAAAAACUCACACUGAGGAGAAACCAUAUAAAUGCCUGGAGUGUGGGGAAAGUUUUGCAAGAAAACAUAGCCUUACCUGCCAUCAAAGAAUGCACACAGGGGAGAAACCAUAUGAAUGUCAGGAGUGUGGGAAAAGUUUUGGAAGAAAAGAUUGCCUCAUCUCCCAUCGAAGAAUUCACACAGGGGAGAAACCAUACAAAUGUCUUGAGUGUGAGAAAAGCUUCACUUUAAUUGCCAAUCUCACUUGUCAUCAAAGAAUUCACACAGGGGAGAAACCAUAUGAAUGCCAAGAGUGUAGGAAAAGUUUUGGAAGAAAACAUAGCCUUACCUCCCAUCAAAGAAUCCACACAGGCGAAAAACCAUACAAAUGUCUUGAGUGUGAGAAAAGCUUCAGUUGGAAAUCACAACUUUGUGAGCAUCAAAAAACUCACACUGAGGAGAAACCAUAUAAAUGCCUGGAGUGUGGGGAAAGUUUUUCAAGAAAACAUAGCCUUACCUGCCAUCAAAGAAUGCACACAGGGGAGAAACCAUAUGAAUGUCAGGAGUGUGGGAAAAGUUUUGGAAGAAAAGAUUGCCUCAUCUCCCAUCGAAGAAUUCACACAGGGGAGAAACCAUACAAAUGUCUUGAGUGUGGGAAAAGCUUCAGUCGGAAAUCACAUCUUUGUGAGCAUCAAAAAACUCACACUGGGGAGAAACCAUCUAAAUGCUUGCAGGAGUACAAGGACCCCCCUGGAUGCCUCCACCACCAUCUCCUCCGUGCGCUGAAGGAAAGGAGCCGCCAUGCAGCCCGCUCAGGGCCUCUGAUCCCCAAACCUGACCUCAUAUCCCGGCUGGAGGAAGAAGAAGGGCCGUUUCAACUGGGCUGCGAUGAAGAGGCGGGAUCGACAGCAGGAGACGUGUGGAAGUCAGCGAAUGAAGCAGAAGACCACCGAUGGAUGGAAUUAGAGGAUACAUAUUCCAAUGUGAAAGAGAAGAUUGAAUCUUUGGAUGCGCUUUUGAAUCUUUUGGAUGCGAAGGGGAGCAAUAAUUCUGGUCUUUUACAGGGGGAUGACUCUCUAAAGCAAAACACAUGUCAAAGAGACAGCAAAAAUGAGUUCACUGCAAGCAGUGAAAAAUCCACUGAAAUAUCAGUUAUUAAUAUUCAACAAAGGAUACGCCAUAGAAAGAAAAUAUAUAAAAGCCUGAGGUGUAGAAAAAGUUUCAGGCAGAGAGCACGCCUUACUUCCCACCAAAGAAUUCACACAGGGGAGAAACCAUAUGACUGCCAGGAGUGUGGGAAAGUUUUGGAAGAAAAGGUGGCCUCAUCUCCCAUCAAAAAAAUCACAAAGUGA